AUGGCUUUGAAAUUAAAACUCAAGGUCCAGCCAAUGGACAGUUUGAGCGGUCCACUGCCUCGGAAUGAGCAGAGUAAUCAGAAGCCGCCUAGUUUAAAAAUUAAAGCACCGCAGGCGAGUUCGUCAAAAAGAGCUGCAGAAGUAAAAGAGCCAAAUGAAGAGGAGAGGCCAAAGAGACUAAAGCUAAGCUUAUCGAAGAGUAAAACCAAAGUUUCUGGCAGUACAACCAAACCCAAGUUUGUUCCUCGAGUGAGGAUAAAACCCACGAGAAUACCUGGUGAAGGGUACGAUUCUGAAGCCCCUGAUUUGGAAGAUGACCCCUUAAUUGAACAAGGGAUAGUUUUAAGAUUUUUAAACGACAUAAACCUUGAGUUUGUACACAAUGCCGUUGAAUCGGGUGAUUUAACAGGACUCAAUGUGAAAUGGAUUACAAGAGACAAGGCAGUUGUGAAUGUUAACGGCACCCUUUAUUCGGCAAGGCUAAUUGAUUUGCCAACAAUGAUUGAGGUUUACAAAACGGUUGACAGAAAGAAUAUACUCAAGAAUUUAGAUGUAUCGCAGGUAUUACUUGUUUUGCACACGAUAAAUCCCACACAGUUGAAUACAGAAAAGGAUUUUGAAGUACCUGAUGACUAUCUAUUCAAACACCCAUUCUAUGAGUAUGUCAAAAACCACGAGGUACCUCGGAAACGGUCGGUAUGUCGAAAUGGAGUGCUAGAACCAUUUAGGGAUGUCUAUCGUAGGUUUCGGCCCACACGAGCUGAUCACAGAGUGAUCCAGGAUAUUGAAGAUAGGGUUGACUCUUUGAUAAAACUAGACAACGAGGCUGAAGAAAGCCAUUUUGAGUUCGUGGAUCCACUGUCAUAUCCCAAAUAUGGACACUCUAGUAACACACCUUCUGCAGUGGCAUCGCCUUAUCCUGAGCAUUUGGGUCAAAAACUAGACAAACCAUUGGGGACUAACAUCGGAGAUGCUGAAGACUCAAACGAUCUUCGUGGUAUUACACACACAGGCAAUAAUAACAUCGGUGGAUUAGGAGAAGAAGAGGAUGAAGAAUUGAAUCCCGAAGACGAUUUUGAAGUUAAUCUUGAAGAAGAAUUGAAUAAAGUGCUUGGUGGCAAGGACUCAUCAAGCGAUCAGCAAGUAGUAACAGUAUCCCCACUGAUGGCAGAAAUGCUACAAGAAAAAGGUGCACUAAUGGAAGGCUCGAUAAGUGGAGAAGAUGAAGACGACGACGCACUAUUGUUUGGGGAAAUAGAAGAUGAAGAAAAUGAAGGCGACGAGGAUGAUAAGGAUGGGGAAGAGGAGGGAGAGAAUGAAGAGAAUGAAGAGAAUGAAGAGAAUGAAGAGAAUGAAGAGGAUGAAGAGGACGACGAUGAUGACGAUGAUGACGAAGAGGACGAAGAUGAGGAUGAGGACGAAGAUGAAGACAGUGAGCAGAGGAAGGGAAACCCAUUGCAUUCCAAAUUACUAGAGGAGGAAAUUACAGAAUUGGAGAAAGCAGUAGAGAAACAUAAAAAGAACCUUUCUUCCACAAGCAACACAAUGACAAAAAUGAAACUUCAGAGUAAUAUUUCGUCGCUUAAAGCCUCAUUGGAUCAGAAAAAGAGGGAUUUACUGAAGUCUAUUGAAAACGAAGAGAGUUUGCAGAACAGUUCAAGCACUGGCCAAUUGAACACAGAGACAAGGUCCAAUGCACGAGAAGGUGAAAAUGAAGAAGCUAUGGAAGAGGCAGAGGAUGAAGAUGAUGCAGACGAAGGGGGAGCUCUGGAUAAUCAAGCAAAUGACAGUGCUGACUCCAUAGAUGAUCUUUUUUGA